AUGAGUUCCCCGGAUGGUUCGAUUGUGAUCAGCGACCGCGCCGUCUUUGUCUCGCAGGUCUUUUACGGAAUCACCAUACCGCUUUUGGUCCUGGCAACGGUGACGCUAGGCUACCGGAUGGCCAGAAUCAAAACUCGAAGAACCCUCUGGUCAGACGGCUGUAUCGUUGCUGGCUAUAUCCUCGGGGUGGCGUGUUUAGGCUUAUACGUACCUCAAAGCUUCUUGACGCCAGGUGUCAAGUCCCCUGAAGCAAUCCUCGAGGGCCAGAAGGGCUCGUUCCUGUCGAUCCCAAUAUGGGGCUUGUCCAUGGCCUUCAUCAAGGCUUCGAUCGGCCUGACGCUUCUCCAAAUACAAAACCAGCGCUGGUUCCAGGUCCUGAUCUGGAGCAACAUGGCGGCCUCGGCCGCUUACGGCUUCGGGAACAUGUGGUUCAUUCUCUUCUCGUGCCAACCGCUGCAGGCUGCGUGGGGUGACUUUGCCGACCCUACAAAGGCUCAGUGUCUCCCGUCAAGCUAUAUACGAAUGGCGGCCCUGGUUGGGGCAGUUGUCAGCGUCGUGACCGACCUGAUACUAGCACUAGCACCCGUCAGCUUCCUCUGGACGCUCAAGCGGCCGCUGCGCGAACGCAUCGUACUGGGCUGCCUCAUGUCGCUGGGACUGCUGGCGGCCAUGUCGUCGGUGGUAAAGAACCUGAUCAUCGCCGACUUUGGCAAGGAGGACGUCGACACGUGGGCCAUGAACGUAUCCAUCAGCACCUGGACGUCGUGCGAGAUGCUCCUCGGCGUCAUCGCGGCCUGCACGCCCUUCUGCCGCCCGAUCCUCGAAAAGUGCGUCACCAGUAUGGGCAUGUCCCUGACGGGCACGACCAAGUCGGCGUCCAGAGCCGCGGGCAAGAGCUACGGGAUCACUUCGGGCGGGCCCGGCGCCUACCAUCGCACCACGGCCGCCGGCGCGUCGUCGCGCGUCGACCAGCAGCGCUCGCAGUUCGAGUCGGACGAGGACCCGCUCAAGAGCGUCAUCGAGCUGCAGACGCAGCGGCUGAGCGCUGGCGGCGGCGAGGGCGGCAGCCCUGCGAGCUCGACCUUGGGCCGGUCCAGCUCGGUCUCGGGAAUCUACAAAACGACCAACAUACACGUGCAGACGACAGAGGCCAACAGCAGCCAGACCUGGCCGGUGGAGGAGCGGAGAUACUACCCUGGGUCUGCUGUCUGA